AUUAAAGAGGAUUUUUUUUAUACAUAUCCUCUUCUUUUUUCAAUUGAUUUGAUUUUUUUCUUUAUUUUUCUGUGUUCCCGGGACAGAGAGAGACUGACUCCCGAUUCUGAAGAAGAAAUCAGGAGGGAGCAGAGAAACUCAAGCGAAUCCAAAAGAAAAAAAGAGAAAAAUUAAAGGACAGAACAAAAACCUCAUCAUCGAAUCUGAACAUGUUUGAAAUAAGCCGAACACUCAACGCUGCUUUGUUGAGCAACGAGCAUCUCAAGAUGAUGGCGAGGUACGGGCAGCUCUCGGGACUGGCAGCCAGUGGCGUGGGCUCCGUCCCCGAGACGCACUCGCCGCUAUUUUCCAGGGAUCCCCUGUCAUCGCCCGCCCAGAUGGGCUACAGGUCACCCCUGGGGUCGACAGAGACACAGUGGCGUCAAGCAGAGCUCCCACAGCUCCAGGGCUGGGCAGAGAAGGGAUUGCUGACACAGCCAAAGAUGAUCAUCAGUAACAUGGAGGCUCCGGUGACAAACGGCCCCAGCGGCGGAGGCAACACAGCCAACGGCCCGACCACCAACAGCCGCGGCUGCCCCUCGCCCAUGCAGACCGGUCCGACAAACGACGACAGCAAGACGAACCUCAUAGUGAACUACCUGCCCCAGAACAUGACCCAGGAGGAGUUCCGCAGCCUGUUCGGUAGCAUCGGCGAAAUCGAGUCCUGCAAGCUAGUUCGCGAUAAGAUCACAGGGCAGAGUCUUGGCUACGGCUUCGUCAACUACAUUGACCCAAAGGAUGCAGAGAAAGCCAUCAACACAUUAAAUGGACUCAGACUUCAAACGAAAACAAUCAAGGUGUCGUAUGCACGGCCCAGCUCAGCCUCCAUCCGUGACGCCAACCUGUAUGUGAGCGGCCUGCCCAAGACCAUGACCCAGAAGGAGCUGGAGCAGCUUUUCUCCCAGUACGGACGCAUCAUCACCUCCCGUAUCCUUGUCGACCAGGUCACAGGCCCCGCAGGUGGCUCCCGAGGUGUGGGCUUCAUCCGCUUUGAUAAGAGGAUAGAAGCAGAAGAGGCCAUCAAGGGCCUGAACGGCCAGAAACCUUCUGGUGCCGCAGAGCCAAUCACGGUCAAGUUUGCCAACAACCCAAGUCAGAAGACCAGCCAAGCCCUCCUGUCGCAGCUCUACCAGUCACCCAACCGCCGAUACCCUGGGCCCCUCCACCACCAGGCUCAGAGGUUCAGGCUGGACAAUUUGCUUAAUAUGGCCUAUGGCGUAAAGAGGUUUUCCCCCAUCACCAUUGACAGCAUGACGAGCCUGGUGGGCAUGAACAUCCCCGGCCACACAGGCACCGGUUGGUGCAUCUUUGUGUACAACCUGUCCCCGGACUCGGACGAGAGCGUGCUCUGGCAGCUGUUCGGCCCGUUCGGCGCCGUCAACAACGUCAAGGUGAUCCGUGACUUCAACACCAACAAGUGCAAAGGCUUCGGCUUCGUCACCAUGACGAAUUACGACGAGGCGGCCAUGGCCAUCGCCAGCCUCAACGGCUACAGGUUGGGCGACCGCGUCUUGCAAGUCUCCUUCAAGACUAACAAGACACACAAGUCCUGAACUCUCGACAGGCAGAAGCAGAUGCCCCGCGACUUUGUCUGCUCUAAAUUCGCCCCCCCCGACCCCGACCCUUCCCCUCCACCUCCACUCGUCCCUUAGGUCUCUCCAACCACCGCCACCCUCCUACAGCCAUCCAACACAGCAGAAUCAAACUCCUGGAACAGAAAGCAGCCAACAAACCAUCUAACAAAUUGAACUAGAAAUGGCUUAUAUUAUAACUUUGGACCUAUAAGCCAAUGUUGCCUGAGUAUUACAAAAAUUAAAUGAUGAAAAUGUUGACGAGUUUUUUCGAAGCUCCUGUGAUAAUGCAGGCUUCUCUUUAUUGUAUAUUCUUUUCGUUUGUUGUGGUUGUUAAAAAUUUUUUCUCUUCUGUGUAAACAGUAGCAAAUCCCCGUACUUCAGAGAAGAGGUCAUCCUUUUUAAGAUCGGAACCUUUUCUCUGUCUUUGAUUCAGGAUUUAAUUUUCUUUUGUAAAUCCGGAUCCACUGUCGUUAGUAUUAUAUACCUCCCCUGUCAAUGAAAGGGAGGGGGCUCUUUUUUAAAUUGGUGAAACCAUUCAUUCAUUUGUAGCGUGCAUUUAAAAACGUCCCCUUAUUGAUUAUAGAUGGGAUCCUACGAUCCCCUGAAACUCAGAUGUAGAAAAGAAGAAAAAAAAAAAAAAAAAGAGAAUUUCUAACAUUGUUUUUGUUUUGUAUCGCAAACAAAACAUAAUGUCUUUCCUCACUGGGAUUUAGGGAGAUGGGGUGAGGGAGGGGACGGGUUAGCUUUCCUGAUGAUAUGUUCAGUAAUUUAAGAUAAUAAAAAAAAAAAUAACACUGUUGCCAAAGAGAAGAUCUCUUUGCUUGAAAAAAAUGCAUUUAGAAAAAGAUAAAAAUAAAUAGAAAGAAGAUCUAUUUUUAUAAAUGAUGAUUAAAAUAAUAAUUAUUGAAGAAUUUUUACAAGAAUCUGGAUUUGAAAAAAAAAAAAAGAGAAAAAUAUUUUGACUGGCUAACUGGGGGGGCCGGGGCGGGCGGGAGGGGGCACCACCUUGUCUUGUCGUUCUGCUGUGGUAACUUUAUAGGAUCAGAGGUCGUUGUUUUUUGGUGAUGCCGAGUAGGUCGGGAUUUUGUAGAAAGGAGGAUUUUGUGAAAAAGAGGAUGCAAACCAAGGCAGGUGAUUUUGGUAAUUUUUUCACAUGUGUACUAGUGCAUAAUUAUUCAACAGCGAUACCCAAAAGGGAAGGGAAAUGGGGUCUUUCCGAGGCCUAACAAACCUUAUAGUCCAGAGCCCAAAGCAAGAAGACCCUUUUGUCCACUUGUUUUCUUGUGUUUCGUCACGAGUCGAUAUAUCAGUACAUAGAUAUAUACACAUCUAUCCAUUUAAAGAGCUUACUAUACAUUAUCUAUAUCAUUUCCUUUGCUCUGCGUUUGUGAACUUAACAUUUGAAGAGAACUUCCUUUUAGCGAUCAACCGUAGGUGCUAUACUACAUUAUUCACAUAUCUUAAAUAUUCAACUUUGUUGUUCUAUGUGUUGUUUAAAGAAAAAAAAUACUUUGAUGUUGGCAUUGAAUUGAGCUGCUGUUCUUUGUUUAAUAUUUGUUUAAUGUCGGCCCACUAAUCCGGUGACACCAUUUCUAUGCGGAAAUUAAACUAGCUUGGGGCCUUGUAAGAAUCACUGAACAAAUUUGUACAUUUUCUUUUUUUGUUUGUUUGUUUGUUUGUUUUGUUUGGCUUGCUGACUUUUAGGUUACUCGCUGAGCGUGAAACGUUUGUCAAAACUUAAUGAUGAUUAGCUAGUUCCGUUAGUCUAGAUAUUUUCCUUAAAAAGGAUCUAUGACAACUGUGUCUUUAUUUGCUGUGUACAAAUAGAUGAUAUAUAUAAAUAUAUAUACAGUCUACAUUUGUUUUACAAUAUCUACUGUACUUAUCUGAGUUGUCACUGUUUUUUCGUUUGAGCUUGUCUUUUUCAUAUGACAGUUUAUUAUGAAGUGGUGGUUCAGUUACUUAGAAAAAAAAAUUGUGAGGAAACUGUUCAAUUGUUGUCAUGUUGCUUGUGGAGAAAAAAAAAUUGGAUUAACUUUUAAGUUAACUACUGCGGCAAAAGAAACUGAACAAAAUUUUAAAGAAUAUAAGUGUGUUUGUUUAUUUACUUAUCUAUUUUUAAACUAUUUAUUUUUUCUAUUUAUUUGUAUUUAUUCUAUAUUUAUUAACUGCUUAAUUUAUCUGUGUAUUUAUGUAUUUAUUUGUUUCAUUGUCUGUGUAUUUGCGUGGUUCUGGUACAGGGAGGGGGGGCGUUUCUGAGCAAAAGGGAACAAAGCGACUAGUGGAGAGGCUCUUCCAGUAGUCCACUGCACUGAGAGAACUUUUAGUACGUUUGUGCUUUGUACCAAUAUAUCAAAAUUACAAUAUAAAAAAACCUAAAAGUCAAGAAAACUGAAAAAAAUGUCUGGAGGGUUGGGGGACGCUCUUCCCUUAUUACUAGAAACAGUUACUCGCUAUGCAUAACCUAGUUAAUAGUUAAAUUUGCUAUUGCUUUUUUCCUUGUCUUGUUAAAAAUGAAAUCUCUAGAUCUUUUUCAAUAAAGUUUAGUCUUAUUAGAAUGUUAUAAACAGUCGUUCUGGUUCAAUAUAACCUGUGAUAAGUUUGUGUAGUUCUAAAAAAGCCACUCCGUCCACACCCUCCCUCCACUUACUACCGCUUUGUGAUGAAACCUUAUGCAAAAAUGUGGGUCUGAAAGCAUAGUUUUCAGUUUUCAGUAAAAAACAAAAGAACAAAAAAAAAA